AUGCAUGAUGAAAUUGGACAACCGAAAAUGGAAUAUGACGGAAUUCUAUUAUAUCAAACAAAACAUUCUUAUGCGAAUCCAAACACAAUAUGGCCCAAUCAUGCUUAUCUAAUGAAUAAAAAUUUGGAAUUUAAGCAAUUAUCAUAUAAGGAAUUUAUUGGAGUCGCUUGUG